UAUACCAGUGCGCAAGGCGACGCUCCUCUGUCUAUUUCGUCAUCGUUGUUCCUGCUCAGCUGACGGUCGGGAGUGUGCGAGAAACCCAACAUGUCUGCUUCCAUCAUGCCCAAGACCAUGGAGACGGCUCCAUUUGACCCUCGCUUCCCCAACCAGAACCAGACCAAGUACUGCUAUCAAAGUUAUGUUGACUUCCACCGGUGCCAGAAGCUGAAGGGUGAGGACUAUGAGCCAUGCCAGUACUUCAAGAAGGUCUUCGCCUCUGUCUGCCCCAAUGCCUGGGUUGAGAAGUGGGACGAACAGCUGGAGAACGGCACCUUCCCUGGCAAGAUCUAAGCCUCCUCUCCUUCCCUCUUCCACCCCUCCUUGCCCCUGCCCCAGCCCCUCUGUAAAUGUUCUGGCUUAGGAGAGACAGACAGACAAGGAACAAGCUAUAGUCUCUCCCAGUCUGUAAAUUGUAAUGAGAGAGAGAGAGAGAAAAGGAAAGAGGCUCUUCCUUUCUGUUAAUCUCCAGGAUACACACACACACACACACUCAUGCAUACUCGUAAACAUGCAGAUUUGCUCUGUCAUUCCAAUGUUUUCUUGAGCCCCGAAAAAAGUGUAAUAUACCAGUUUUCAGCUUAACACACUGAAACAUUUUAUACAUCCCACCCUCACACUCCUCUCCCUCUCGGCACACCUCAGAGGGCACAGAACACUUCUCUCUCUCCUGCUGUAGAUACUCUGUACAGGGAGCCACACUAGCAAGAUGGAAAAUAAAGUGAGUUUAUUUAUUUGUCUGCUGUGUUCUUAUUAAAGGUCCCAUAAUAAUG